UGACCACCAAGCUCACAAGCGAGCAUGCCGUUGACGACGGCGUGAACAUUUGCAGGGAGGUCGCUCAGCAGACGCGGGCGGCCCUCAAAGAGCACAACAAUGACCUUCGUUCCGGUAGCAGCAAGUUCUUUGACGUACUCGAUCUGACCGAGUGGAAGAGCAAGAUCAUCGAUGUCACCCGUUUUCUCCUGGUAGUUGGGUUCACCAAUCACAGCAACCGUGUACUCAGCCUUGGAUGCGUACUCCUUGGCAGUCGCUAGACCCUCUUCGGUGUAGUCUCCCGUGACAUUCAAUCCGUUAAAGUAGACGAACGAGUCAUUACCAGCGACCAUCUCGAAACCCUGUUUCACAGAGGAACCGUGCUGGAAUUGCUCGUUACCGUCAACGCCCUUCACCUGCACCGACAGCCCACCGCACUGGAAGCCGAUAUUGUGAGCACUGUGGCCAGUGAGGAAGACUGACGCGUUCUUCGAAAGAGGCAGCACACUGUCAUUGUUUUGUAGUAGAACGAUGGACUCACGAGCGAGAUCCAACGCAGUAGCAACAUCGUCUUCGUUACCGACCAGCUCAAGCAAUUCCUCACCGGGCAUCGGGUUGUCGUACAGACCAAGCUUCACCUUGAGCUUGACAAUACGACGCACAGAUUCCUUCAGACGGGCGAGGAUUGCAGGGUCCUCCGCAAUCAACUUGUUCGUUCCGUUGGUGAAAGAUAGGUCUGUAGCCACCAUGCUCAUAUCGAUUGACGCGCGCUCCAGAGCGAACUUGGUAGCCUCGUCAGUGGAACGAGCUGUGCGGUGGAACUCGGUAAGGUGAUUGAUCUCAGCGAAGUCCGUCACCAUCAUACCGUCGAAGCCGACAUCGUCUCUCAACAGCUUCGUCAUAAGCUUCGUGUUCUCAACCACAGGCACUCCAUUGACGGAGAUGUAGUUCUCCAUACCCGAGAGCAGACCCGCGUCGAUACCAGCCUUAAACGGUAGAAAGUAGGAGUUCAUCAGGUCGAAGUCCGAGAUCGUGACGCCGUCCUUGUCGUGGCCUGUGGGGUUCCACGAGUAGCCGAUCCAGUGCUUCAUGCACGCAGCAGUCUGGUUGUUACUCUGCAUACCGCGGAUAAUAGCGGAUCCCAUGACCGAGGCCAGGUGAGGGUCUUCGCCGAACGUCUCGUACACACGAGGCCACAGCGGGUUGUGCAUGAGAUCGAGCACCGGACCGAAGACCCAAGGAACUCCGGCUGCAAGCGUAUCGCGAGCAUUGAUUCGACCUUCUUCGUACACAAGGUCGGCGUUGAACGAGGCAGCAGCGUUGAUCGGAUGGCUGAAAAACACCGUGUCCAGCAGCAAGGCGUUGCCGUGGACAGAAUCCGUGCCGUAGAUGAUGGGGUGACCACCGUUGUCCUCCAUGGAGAUCUCCUGGACGCGUCUCACGAAGGCACGCAUCUCGGCCGUGGUCCAGCCCCACUUUCCGUUGACCUCGCCGGAAUCCGACACGGGUAAGCCUAAGUACGAGCCGACACGGUGCUUGGUAAAGCCACGUAAAGUGUCUUCGUCCAGUUGGUACGUCGAGUUCAGCAAGCCGUAGGAAGCGAUCUGUGUCAUCUGACCCACGAGAUCUUCAGUGGUGAGGCUGGCCAUGAUCUCAUCGACCUUAGCGUCCCAUUCAUCGGCAUCAGCGAGACCGCCGUUGAAGACAGCAAGACUCAGCGCCGUGUAGCACACGGCAGAUAGCCAAGACUUGAGCAUCUUGGAAAGUUAGUUGGUUGCUUGAUCUUGAGUGGAAGAGGGCAAAUUGAAAAGUGAGCUCGACUACAAAGAAGCUUGCAUUAGUCAGAACUCUAAUGGAUGAGAUAAGCUUGACUCACCAC